CCAGGAGAAGACCCAGUCGGUGGUGUCUGGCGUGCUGGCCCGCUCUGCCACCACCCUGGCUUUCCCUGAGCUGUACCCCUCGCCCGAGCCCAUCAAGAGCGAGGCCAUGAAGACAGAGAAAGAUGAGGCUUUGCCCACCUUCUUGGGCAGUAAAUACACUGGAGAGGGGGCAGGUUGCAGCGACCCAGCUCUGUCCGGCAGCCAGAUGCCGGUGGUGGGGAGCGGAGGCGGAGGAGGGCAAGCGCAGGAUCUGCGGCUGCUGAAACGCCGACCUGUCCCCGGGAAGCACUACCAGUGCUCAAGCUAUGGCUGCAAGCUGGCCUUCCACAGCAUGCAGGAGCUGAUGGAUCACUUGAAAGUCCACUACAGACCCACGCAGUCCCUCGAAGGCAAAACCUUCCACUGCCCCACUCUGGGCUGCUCUGAGAAGUUCCCAAGCAUGCAGGACCUCAUGACCCACAUGAAGGUGCACUACAAGCCAAACCGCUACUUCAAGUGCGAGAACUGCCUGCUGCGCUUCCGGACGCACCGCUCCCUCUUCAAGCACCUGCACGUCUGCUCCGACAGCUCCAGCAGCUCCGGGCCGGCCCCGAAAGUCGAAAACCCUGUCCUACCUGCUACCUCUGCCCUGCAGAAGGAACCCCUGAUAAACAGCCCUGCCAUGAUCAAGUCAGUCCUGCAGAGCUUCCGCACGUGCAUCCCCACAGCAACCGCAGCUUAG